GGACGCACUGAGCAUGUGCAGAUCAGCUCGGUGGUGGCUGCCGCGGCCGGAGGCGAGGGCCCGGUGCUGAUGCGAACCGCCGGCUCGGCCUCAGCCCGCGCGUCGUCGGCCCCCCAGGCCGGGGCGACAGGGAAGGAGUCGUAGCCUCCCCGUGGCCCGAAGAGCCGGCGCGGCGGCGCGCACUCCCCGGCGGCCGCGGCGCCCUCGGGGCCCACGAUGAUGGCGGAGCAGGUGAAAUGCGCCUCGGCGGGGGUCAGCUCUGGAGCGGGCUCCGGGCCGGUGGUGAACGCAGAGCUGGAGGUGAAGAAGCUGCAGGAGCUGGUGCGCAAGCUGGAGAAGCAGAACGAGCAGCUGCGGAGUCGAGCGGCCAGCGCGGCCGCCGCCCCGCACCUGCUACUGCUGCCGCCGCCGCCGCCGCCCGCCGCGCCGCCCCCCGCUGGGGCCUGCAGCCCGUUGGGUCCUCGGAGCCCCCCGGCAGCCACGGCCACCGCCGCGGCCUCAGGGGGCCUGGGGCUCGGGCUGGCGCUGGGCGCGGGGAGCGGUGGCGGCAGCGGUAGUGGCAGCGGCGGUGGCUCCAGCCCCGCGUUCCCGGGCACCUUCUGCCUGCCUAGCUCCGCGCCCUCCCUGCUUUGCAGCCUGGCGCAGCCACCCGAGGCGCCCUUCGUCUACUUCAAGCCGGCAGCAGGCUUCUUCGGCGCGGGCGGUGGCGGGCCGGAGACGGGGGGCGCGGGGACGCCGCUGGGGGCAGCUGCAGCGCCGCCUUCGCCGCCCCCCACGCUGCUGGACGAGGUGGAACUGCUGGAUCUGGAGAGCGUAGCCGCCUGGCGGGACGAGGACGACUACACCUGGUUAUACAUUGGCUCUUCAAAGACGUUCACCUCAUCAGAGAAAUCCCUGACUCCUUUGCAGUGGUGUAGACAUGUCCUAGAUAACCCAACUCCUGAGAUGGAAGCAGCGAGACGUUCCCUGUGCUUUAGACUGGAGCAAGGUAAUUCUAGCCGAUGGCGGAGUCUCUUCUCUUCAACUGCCUCACUGGCUUUUCCUUAUAGUCCUGUUGCAAGACUCAGCCCUUAUAGCAAUGGCAUUAAUACUCCCAGCUUCUCUAAAACCUCAAAUAAAGCAAUACUAACACCUGAAAAAACAGGUUACACUUCCAGGGGCUCCCCGCUCAGUCCCCAGUCAUCUAUCGACAGUGAGCUGAGUACUUCAGAAUUGGAGGAUGAUUCUAUCUCCAUGGGAUAUAAAUUACAGGACCUCACUGAUGUUCAGAUUAUGGCUCGUCUGCAAGAAGAAAGUCUCAGGCAAGAUUAUGCUUCUACUUCAGCAUCUGUAUCAAGACAUAGUUCCAGUGUGUCAUUGAGUUCAGGAAAAAAAGGGACAUGUAGUGAUCAAGAAUAUGACCGAUACAGUCUGGAGGAUGAAGAGGAAUUUGAUCAUUUGCCACCACCUCAGCCUCGUCUUCCAAGAUGUUCCCCUUUCCAAAGAGGAAUUCCCCAUUCACAGACUUUCUCCAGCAUUCGGGAGUGUAGGAGGAGCCCCAGUUCCCAGUAUUUUCCUUCAAAUAAUUACCAGCAGCAACAGUAUUAUUCACCUCAAGCCCAAACUCCAGAUCAGCAACCAAAUAGGACCAAUGGAGAGAUGGGGUUUCACCCUGUUGACCAGGCUGGUCUUGAACUACUAACCUCAGAUAAGCUCCGAAGAAGUAUGCCUAACCUAGCCCGGAUGCCAAGUACAACUGCCAUUAGUAGCAACGUUAGUUCUCCAGUCACCGUGCGAAAUAGUCAGAGUUUUGACUCAAGCUUGCAUGGAGCUGGAAAUGGAAUUUCAAGAAUACAAUCUUGUAUUCCAUCACCGGGACAGCUUCAACACAGAGUCCACAGUGUGGGGCAUUUCCCAGUGUCUAUCCGACAACCUCUUAAAGCCACAGCCUAUGUGAGUCCAACCGUUCAAGGCAGCAGUAACAUGCCUUUAUCGAACAGCUUACAGCUGUAUUCCAACACAGGAAUCCCCACACCGAACAAAGCUGCAGCUUCUGGGAUAAUGGGUCGCAGUGCACUCCCAAGACCUUCGUUGGCAAUAAAUGGGAGUAACCUGCCUCGAAGCAAAAUUGCACAACCUGUUAGAAGUUUUCUUCAGCCUCCAAAGCCUCUGUCUUCACUCAGCACUCUGAGGGAUGGAAAUUGGAGAGAUGGUUGCUACUGAUGCAGUUUUAUGUACCCUUGAAAAAUGGGAAAGAAGUAAAAAUGAGGGUUGUGUUACCUAGCUGGCUGGGUAGCAGUGGAUGUUGGGAUAUUCUUUCCCUUUUGUGUUUUAAUAUAUUUACUGCAUUGUUUCUCAAUGGACCAGUCACCAGAGACUAAUUAUUGCACUUAAAUAUUUGCCUGAGAUACUGCAACAUUCUCAAACCCAUGGUUGCAGUAUUGUGACACUUAGAUCUAGGAAGUUUUUGUAGAACUGCUCUGUACCUGAAUACUUUUUGAGAGAAUUAAGAUGUAUCAAUAAUGCUUUGCCAUAUGAGUUUUUUAAAGUAACUUGUUCAAUUUACUUACAUGUUCUAAACAUCUUUCCAUUAUAUGUUCUGUAUUUUAAUACAUUGCAUAUUGACAACUAGGUUCUAUAAUGUAUGCUUUGAAAUUUACUUUUUUAUAGUUUACAGGAAUUUUAUUUUUUGUGCCUAUUUCUUUUUACACCUAUGUGAACCACUAUGGAACAACUUAAAUUUUGUGCCAUAAAAAUAUUUUUGUGGUAAGGUACUAUUUUUUUAGCUCUAGGGAUAUAUCAGCAAAAACACAUCAUGCAAUUUGAGAGACAUAAUUUUGUGUUGAAUGAGCACAACAUAAUUUGAAGCAUUGCAAGGAGAUAGCCAGACAGCAGAAUUAAAUAGUCCUGUCUUUUUCAUUUUUAAUUUAUUGUCAUACAUGGGUUUCAUAUUUAUAACAGCAUCCUGAGCUCAUUGCACUUAAUACCUGCAAUGUUUGCUACUGUACCACAAUUGACUUUCAAUACUUUAUUAUGAAGGAUGAAACUGUAAUGUUUUAUUAACAAUGCUUCUGGAAAUGAAUGCAUUUUAAAGCAAAUAAAUCUUUUUGAUAGACCUUUUACAAAAUC